GUUCUGUCUAGUUUUGAGAGUUUAUGGAAAAAGCAGCAAAAAAAUAUCAUGGCUAACGAGUUAGAACAAAAAAUAGCCCAAUAUCAAAACCGAAUAGGGCAAAUGGAAGCCGAGGAGUUAAGAGACUUUUUUGCUGAAUUAAGUCCAUUUAUCCAAGCCCACACCAAGGAUGACAAAGCCCAGCAAGCCGAAGCAGAUUUUCAAAAAGGCCGAGAUAAUUCGCUAACCAUUAAAAGUUUGCUCGCUGUAUUUAAUAGGCUAGUUGCUUUGAGCCAAACGGCCACCCAAGAAAAAGCCGAUUUAUUGAUUGAAUUAUUGGAGCCUUUUACUAUUAGUUAUAAUCCUAAUUCUCCAAGAGGAAAAAAGCAGUGGUACGGGGCAAGCAAUUUUGCGGAAUAUAACCUGGCUACGUAUGGAAAAAAUGUUUUUGGGGAAACAGUUCAAGCGUAUAUCGACCAGGACGAGCAGUUUGGGGGAAGAGGAAACGAAGUAAGAACCGUUUUGAAAAAAUUACGUGAAAUAAAAGCCGGAACAGUCCAAGCCGAGGAAAAUACUGCUAACCAAAACAAUAAUAACCAAACUAACGAAACUAACAAUAAUAGCGACCAGACAAACAAUAACGACGCCCAAUUAGCCGCUGAAAAUAAAGUAAAAACAAUUAUAAAAUCCGCUACUACGGCAUUAACCAGUAGUAAUUUAGGAGUA